UACAGCUACAGUGACGAAAAUCUAUGGAUUCUGCGAGGAAGGUUCUGUUUACUUAUCCUGUGGAAUUUCUACUCUUACCCAGUGAAAAUGUUAGGUCCGAGACUUUUUUACAUCACUAUUCGACAAGUGUGUCGUUAUCCUAUGUUUCCAACCAACGUACAUUUCCCACACACUCACCCGUCCGAUUUUCAUCAACGCUUCAGAUUCGCUGUGAAUAUUAAAAUAGUACUUUUAUUUGUAAAGAUUUGUCUAUGCCAUUCUCGUAUAGACUGAAAUCGGUUUCAGGCGAUGUUUCCCCUGGAGAAAACCAGAAAGGAUGAAGGUUCGGUGUGGGGACUUGGAAAUUCGAUCGAAAGACAAAGGAACUGGGUAAUAGCUGCUAUAAUUCGCCCUCCGAUCUAAAAUUCCUAGCAAAAGUUUGUAGAUUUUGCUAUCUGGAUUUGCUUUGCGCUUAACCUUACUAGAAGAACGAUGGCUCAGAAUGGUGUUGUGAACGGAAUUAGGGCGAUGCUGGAGGGAGCAGAGGCUGCCGUAACUGAGGAGUGUUGCAUCUACAGAGUGCCCUCUGAUAUCCGCAAACUGAACGAAGAGGCGUACACCCCAAAGGUUGUUUCUAUAGGCCCUUUUCACCACAAUAGCCCUCACCUCCAGAACAUGGAAAGACACAAACUCAUUUACUGCAAGGCUUUUCUUGAACGAUACCAAAUAAGUUUGGAGAGCUGGAUCCACUACAUAGAAAGGGUGGAGUCCAAAUUUCGAAGUUGUUAUUCAGAGACCCUUCACUUCACCAAGGAGGAACUGGUGAGGAUCAUCUUUGUGGAUUGUGGUUUUAUAUUUGAGCUGUUUUGGUGUAUCUUUUAUGAAGAAUGGUUGGGGAAGAAUAUCACCUUUCUCAUGAAACCUUUGUUAGCUACUAAUAUAAGAUUAGAUCUGUUGCUGCUUGAGAACCAACUUCCCUUUUUUGUUCUUGAAGACCUCUUCAAUCUCUCCUUCGCCUCUGCACCUGCCGCUACUCCUAACAAAAAGAUCCCUUCAUUUCUUGAGUUAACCUUUGACUAUUUUAUCUAUUACAAUAGAUCCAAAUUGGCAUCUCAAAAUAUUCGCAUAAUGCACUUCACGGAUCUGAUCAGAAUAUUUCACUUGCAAUACCCUUUGCAACACCCUUUGCAACACCCUUUGCAACACCCUUUGCAACACCGGGUUCAGACUGAUGAAACAAUAAUACAUCUUCCUAGUGCUACUGAGUUGUCAGAGGCAGGUGUGAAGUUUAAGGUGAACACCCAAAGUGACUGCUUACUAGACUUGAAAUUUUCUGGAGGGGUUCUUCAAAUCCCACAGUUGAAAGUCGAAGAUUGGACUGAACGUUUGUUCCGCAAUAUGGUGGCUUUGGAGCAGUGUUACUAUCCUGAACAAUCCUAUAUUACAGAUUAUGUUGCUAUAUUAGACUUCCUUGUAAACACCAGCAGAGAUGUGGACUUACUUGUUCGAAAGAGAGUGCUGGUGAACUGGCUAGGGGAGAGUGAUUCUGUGGCUAGCAUGUUUAAUGGUCUUUGGAAAAACAUCACACAUAUAAAUUUCAAUUACCAGUACUUUCUUCUCUGCAAAGACUUGAAUGCUUUUUGUAGCAACCCUUUGAAUAAAUUGAAGUCCACUCUGAGGCGAGAUUAUUGUAACACUCCUUGGCAAACUGCUGUUUCCACUGCUGGAAUUGUUCUCCUUUUUCUCUCUUUAGUUGAAGCAGUUUGUUCUAUCUUGCAAACAGUUCAGAAAUAGAAUAUGCCUCCUCCACGUCAAGACUUCUCAAUUUCGAUUAUUGCUAAAUGCUGAGUCGUUGCGUUCCUUUUCUCUGGAAAUGUUUGGAUGGUUUUCUUAUCUAGAUGUUGUAGCAGAUUGAUUUAGUCUUUUGAUCAUUUCUUCAUCACGAUUGGGAUGAUGGAUAUGCAUGAAGUUCAGUGCUCUUCUACUAGACUGUGGUGCAAACUAUGAUUUAAUGAUGCUAAUUCUCUCAGCUAGAGCGUUGUUGUUUUGUGGUUUCACUACAUCUAAAAUAAAAAAAUAUCAAGGAUGAGUUUUUUCA